AUGCCUUCCCAGAACACCACCGACCUCUCCCCAUCCGGGGGAAGCCCAGCCUUCAGGGAGAUGGAGCCCAAGGACCAACAGCUCAUGGUGGCGCUUCGGAUCCACCCACUCAGUGAGGCUGAACUGGAGGAAGGAGCCACCAUCAUUGCCCACAAAGUAGGGGACCAGGCAGUUGUGCUCAUGGACCCUAGUGAGGACCCCGAGGACACCUUGCAUGCACACCGGUCCCGGGAGUGCACCUUCAUCUUUGACAGAGUUUUUGACCAGCAUUCGACACAGGAAGACGUGUACUCUACCACCAUCUGGCGUUUGGUAGAGGGCGUUAUUUCUGGAUACAAUGCAACAGUGUUUGCCUACGGCCCCUCAGGUGCAGGGAAGACCCACAUGCUGGGCAUGGACGCAGAGCCUGGCAUCUAUCUGCAGACCCUUACUGACCUCUUCCAGGCCAUUGAGGAGACCCGAGACCAUGUGGACUACAGUGUGUCCAUGUCUUACCUUGAAAUAUAUAAUGAAGUGAUCCGGGACCUCCUGAACCCAUCUUCUGGAUUUCUAGUAAGGGAAGAUUCUAGGGGCAGCAUCCAGAUUCCUGGCAUCACAGAGGUCUCCAUCUUGAAUGCCCAAGAGAUCAUGUAGCUUCUCACCAGGGGCAACCGGCAGCACACACAGGAACCUUCAGCCACCAACAAGACAUCCUCAAGUUCCCAUGCGGUGCUGCAGGUGACGGUGUGCCAGCGGAGGUGUGGCCCAGACCUGGCAGAGGAAGUGCACCUUGGCAGGCUCUUCAUGGUGGACCUGGCCGGCUCCGAGCAUGCCUCCCAGACCCAGAACCGUGGCAAGAGGAUGAAGGAGGGCGCGCACAUCAACCGCUCGCUGCUGGCGCUGGGCAACUGCAUCAACGCGCUGAGUGAGAAGGGCAGCCGCACGCAGUACGUCAACUUUCGGGACAGCAAGCUCACGCGCUUGCUGAAGGAUGCCCUGGGAGGGAACAGCCACACGGUGAUGAUUGCCCACAUCAGCCCAGCCAGCAGCAGCUUUGAAGAGUCACGGACUACACUGCUCUACGCGUACAGGGCCAAGAACAUCAAGACAAGGGUCAAGCGCAACCUGCUGAACGUCUCCUACCGCAUCGCACAGUACACAGACGUCAUUUCGGACCUGCGCAGGGAAAUCGAGCAUCUCAAAUCAAACAUUGAGAAGCAAGAGAAGAACAAAAGUGAACCUGGCAUCCCAGAUGUUCAAGCCCCAGUGUUGCAGGGGAAUAAAAGGUGGGGGUUCCUGAGACUGGAGGUACCAGGACCCCCAGCUCUGAACAAGGCUUGCAGUUUGACCCCCUGUUGUGGCCACAGCUGGGAGCAGGGGAAGAGCGACCUCCACAUGCAGAGGGACCAGAGUGAGCUGGAAAAAGAUGAGGAGCUGGCAGGCACUGAUGGGGAGGACGUGCCCGAAGAGCCGCAGGAGGUGGCUGUGACCACAGAAGAAGUCAACCUACUGCUAGCAGAGCAUCGGAAAACCUCAGCCCUCAAGGCUGGCCUGGAGCAGCGGCUGGCCCUUGCUAGGCAGAAGGCUUCAAAGAUGGAGACGCUGCUGCCUGCACAGGUGACCAGUGAGGACCAGCGAGAGGUGCUGCGGCUACUGUGCAGGGCCCAUGAGCUGGAGGUGGAGAACACGGAACUGAGGGCCGACAGCUUGUGCUGCAAGACCCUGCUGUGCCAGAAGGACUUGGUGAUCCAGCACUGCCACCAGCACCUGCGGCUCUGUGAGCAGCUCAUCCGGGGCCAGUGGCAGUUGAUGCAGGACAGUGGCGUCCAGGUGCCAGAGGCCCUGGAGAGGCAGUACCGUCUAUACUUCCGGGAGCUGGGGGAGGGCACGCUGGACCGCUUGCUGCUGCUGCACUCCAGGAUGGCCAGCUCGCUGCAGGAUGCUUCUGUUGUGAACACAUCACCUCUGCAGGAGGCCAGCCAAGCCCAGCACGAGGACAGGAAAAGUCUCCCUUGUGGCCUCCAAUCUGAGCUGCUCCCGCUGCUUUUGGAGAGAGAUAGUGAUGGUAACAAGUCAUCGAAAGCCACGCCAUCCAGAAAGCUGGGCCGGCAGGAUUCUCUCCUCCCUCCACCACAGCUUCGCACCCUGCUGACUCCUCCCCUGCUUGAGCGGAAGCCAAGCACCCUGACCAUGAAGAGCCUCAUCUCCAAGCUGAGCCCCUCAGCUGGUUUGGAGUUGGGUACACCCUGGCUGAUCAGGGAGGCUGGCAGCCCAGCCCUGAGUGCCCAGGCCCUAAAGGAGAUGGCCCUGGGUACCAAGAGCAUUGCCCGCAUUGCAGCCAGCCGGCACUCCAAAGCACAGGACAGGGAGAGCAGUACUCUGGACUCCAGAGACCCAAAGCCCAGUGCUACCCCAAACCCCAGCCCUGCAGAGAAGAGGUGGCUGCCUGCCAGCCCCAGCAGGGACCGCUCCAUGGAAAGGAAGGCUACGAGGAAACCGUCGCCCUCAGUCACCCGCAGCAUGCAAUUGGUGAUGGAGAAACCUCCCCUCUCUGUGGAGCAUUUGGCUGGGAGUCAGCUGCCCCUUGGACACUUCCAGCCAUCAAAGUCACCAGGAAAGAGCUUUCUCCCAGCUGUUCCUGUGGCCUCCAAGAUAAAACCCACCCUCGGUUUCCACACAGGUCUGGGACUGGGGAAAGAAGCCAGCAUGUUCUUUUCUCUUUUUUCCCCUGGGUACCGGCAGUUGAACUCAGGGCCUCACUCUUGCCAGUCAGGCCCUGUGCUGCUGAGCUCCAUCCCUGACCCCCAUGUUCUUUGCUGUGUCUUUUUUUUUUAAAUUGAAUCCAGGGCCUUUGCACUGAGCUACACCUCAUUCCUCUUUAUUUUUAUUUUGAGACAGGGGUUGCUAAGUCACAAAGUUGCCAGGGCUGGGCUCAAACUUGCAACUCUUCUGCCUCAGCUUCCCAGAGUUCUGGGAUUAUGGGUGUCCAACACUUGAACACAGCAUUGCUCCUUCUUUUGAUUGUGAAUUUGAAACAUGUUGUAGUCUAGGCCAGUGGUGGCAAAGCUAUGGCAUGCGUGCCACCAUGGGGCUGUUUAUAUCAGUGAACACUCUGAAAGGUUUGCCAUCAUUGAUCCGGGUGGUUAUCACCUGUCUGUGCCUUUCUGUGACUGACCUCAGGUCUUCUUAGCGCAGUAAGUUAGCUGAGGCUGCUGGCAUCGUGAAGAAGGGCGCUUGAGGGGCACCCAGCUUUGCUGCUGGUUUGCUGGGAGUGACAAUGGAGCUCAGGCUGGUGACUGAUGUCCUGCCCGGAGUCAGCUACCUCAGUACAGACCACACUCCCUGCCCUGAGGGUGUGUUCAGGGCAGGUCUGAACGGUGACCCCUUAGGUAUGAGUAAUACAAAAAGAGAACCGGGCAUGGUGGUCCAAGCUGGUAACUGUAGCACCCUGAGAGGCUGAGGCAGAAGGACUGCAAGUUUGAACCCAGCCUAGACAGCUUAGUGCCUGGGUAAGUUCCUGUCUCUAAAUAAAUAAAUAUUAAAAAAAAAAAAAAAAAACCAGGGCUGGGGAUGUAACUCAGUGCAAACGCCCCAGGUUCAAUCCCCAGUAUCACAAAAAGAAGAAAAAAGUGAAUGUUAAGGCUCCUCCUCCAUGGAAGUUACUAAUAUACUCACAGACAACUUUGACCUUGGCUUCAUUUCCAAUGUGCACAAUGUAUCUGAAGGGUGUUGUAUUAUGGAAGUUACUAAUAUACUCACAGACAACUUUGACCUUGGCUUCAUUUCCAGUGUGCACAAUGUAUCUGAAGGGUGUUGUAUGCACUGAGUUUGUUUCUUUAUAACUGAGUACUGUCCUGUGGUGUGGUUGUGCCAUAGUUUACUCCUUCACUGGGUGCUGACAUUUGGGUUGUCUCCAGUUAGGGAAAUUGAGCAAUCCAGCUUUUUAUAGGAAUAUAAAUUUCAUUUCCUUAACUCAAGACCUUGAAGUGAGCCUGCUGGGUUGUCAGGAACGUUUCU